GCUCACACAGCCAGCAAUCCGCUUACUGAGCGUCCAAAUUAAAGAGGGACCUCCGCAUUUCACUUGAUUAUUCUCGACGGUCUUCAGUCGGCGAAUUAUUGAGGAAGUGCGAGAGCAUCCCGCGAGCCUUUGUUUAAAGUCCUCGCCUUGCUUGUUUUUAUUCUUUUUUUGUUUUUCCUCCCCUGGAAGUAUUCUUCUUCUUCUUAACACAAGGACGUGCUCCGUAGAUACGCGAAGAGCGACCUCGACUUUAGUAGACAUGUGCGUGAAACAAGGCUGCCAAUUUCAGACCCUCUGCACGGUUUUGCUUCUCGCCGCCGCCGCGGCCGAAAUCCGCGGGCAAGUUGCAAAAGACAGUAACAGCAUCAGUAAGAGGACACUGGACCUAGACAGGGACCUCUUCACACACUCAUCAACGCAGGACACAGAAAGUGAAGUCCAUUCCAUCACUACCGUCUCACCAAUGAACAUCCCCAACCACCAGCCAGUCUUCAAGGGCCUGCUGCUUCAUGAGCAUUUACUUACAAGGGACUUCCGGGGGGACCAGCAUUUUUUUAGGAAGGAUGGCUCUGUGGCUGCAUAUCCCACCAUGCCAGGCUCUGUGUCUGCUCCAAAUGCAGCAGACCUUGUCACUCAACUUGUGCCCCAUGAGGAUGCUCCAGCUUUUUCAGAUAUUGCCUCUACUGCUACUGUGGCUGCCACAUCACCGCUGACUACAUUUUCCCCCACAACACCAGCACUGCCCGUGUCUAUGCCUCAAAAGAAAUCAAAGGAGAGGACCAGGGGGACAGACAAGGUCGAUCCAACAACACACUCACUUACCACCCAGGUGACACCAAAUAACAGAGGUUCAGGUGGUGAAAACAGCGGAGUACCUCCCUCAUCUUCACUAGGAAGUCAGCCUCAGAGUUUGGGUGCUUUUCCGGAAGAGGCCACCUCGGGGAAGAUGGAAAAGGGGGAAGCUAGUGAAAUGGCACUAAAAAACAAAACCAUCCCUGGUCAUCAGCUCCACAAGCUCACUCCGGCUUCUUCGGAGAAAGACACCACAACAAUGUCCACAACUGUUACCACAACUACCACCAUCACCACCAUGCAAACAUCAGAGCCGUGUAGUCUGAAUUUCACUGACCCUGAGGGUAACAUUGAAAUCCUGCAGCAACUUGACUCGGGAGUGGAGUGUAACUACUUGAUUACUGUCUACCUGGGAUAUGGCAUCGAAGUUCAGGUGCUAAAUGUGAGCGUGUUGGAAGGAGAGCAGGUGACCGUGGAGGAUACAGGAGGUCAAGAACCCUUCAUCCUUGCCAAUGAGUCGGUCUUGAUGACUGGCUUAGUGCUACGCAGCUGGAGCAACCAGAUCUCUCUCAGUCUCCGUAGUGAGAAACGCCACAAUUCAGCAUAUCUCCUACUCCAUUACCAAGCCUUUGUGCUGAGUUGUGCAUUCCCCAAAGAGCCUGCUGGAGGAGAGGUUUCAGUGACGCACCUGCAUCCUGGCGGAGAAGCCUAUUUCAAUUGUUUCACUGGAUACAAGUUGCAGGGUCCAAAAAUGCUCACCUGUCGUAAUGCAACCACACCUUACUGGAGUGGAAAAGAACCCCGAUGUGUGGCAUCCUGUGGAGGAAUGAUAAAAAAUGCCACAUAUGGUCGCAUCGUCUCUCCUGGUUUUCCUGGCAACUACAGCAACAAUCUGACCUGCCACUGGGUUCUGGAGGCACCUGAAGGCCACCGGCUUCAUGUUCACUUUGAGAAGGUGGCUUUGGCAGAGGAUGAUGACAGGUUGCUAAUAAAAAAUGGCAACAACAUAGACUCUCCCCCUGUGUAUGACUCCUAUGAAGUUGAAUACUUGCCCAAUGAGGGAGUGCUCAGUACCGGACGUUAUCUGUUUGUGGAGUUCACCACAGACGGGACGAUGACCUCCACCGGCGCAGCCAUAAGAUACGAAGCUUUUGCGAAAGGGAUGUGCUACGAGCCCUUUGUGAAGUACGGGAACUUCAGCAGCAGCGAUUCCACCUACAGUGUGGGCGCAGUGGUCGAAUUCUCAUGUGACCCUGGCUACACACUGGAGCAAGGCUCUGUGGUGAUUGAGUGUGUGGAUGCACAAAACCCUCAGUGGAAUGAGACCGAGCCAGCUUGUAGGGCUGUGUGCAGCGGGGAGAUCACAGACUCUGCUGGUGUUGUGUUGUCUCCUAAUUGGCCUGAGGCUUACGACAAGGGGCAGGACUGCAUCUGGGGUAUCCAUGUGGAAGAGGACAAGCGGAUCAUGCUUGACAUCCAAGUUCUCCAUUUGGGGAAGAAUGACCUGCUGACCUUCUAUGAUGGUGAUGACCUGACUGCCAACAUCCUGGGCCAAUACAGUGGCACGCGACCACAUUUCAAGCUCUAUACCUCCAUGGCUGAUGUCACUAUUCAGUUUCAGUCUGAUCCUGCCACUAACAUCUACGGCUACAACAAUGGCUUUGUAGUUCACUUCUUUGAGGUGCCAAGGAAUGACACCUGCUCAGAGCUGCCGGAGAUCACCAACGGCUGGAAGAGCAUGUCGCAUCCUGAUCUCAUACACGGCACUGUGGUCACCUACCAGUGCUACCCAGGAUACACACUGGUUGGCUCUGAGAUCCUCAUGUGCCAGUGGGAUCUCAGUUGGAGCGGUGAUGUGCCAAAAUGCGAGGAAGUGAUGACAUGCCAGGACCCCGGAAAUGUGCAGCACAGUCGUAAAGUGAUCACGGGCAGUCGCUUUGCUGUUGGAUCGACUGUACAGUUCAUCUGUAACAAAGGCUACAUCCUGUCAGGCUCCAGCCUUCUAACCUGCUACAACCAUGAUUCAGCUAUGCCCAAGUGGAACGAGAGACUGCCCAAGUGUGUCCCUGAAAAGUAUGAGCCAUGCAGGAACCCCGGUGCAGCUUCCACCAGCAUGCAGAGCUCUGAAAAGGCUUUUUAUCAAGCAGGGGAGAUGCUGACUUUCUCCUGCCACCCCGGCUAUGAGCUGCAGGGUUAUGCCACCAUAUACUGUGUUCCUGGACACCCAUCACAGUGGAAUAGCACUCCUCCUGCCUGCAGAGCGUCCUCGACACAUUAUGUAAAUGAACGCAGACUAGAUGUUGUUAAUACAAAUUAUGGCACAGAAGGAACCAACAUUGCCCUUGCAGUAUUUAUUCCAACUGCAGUCAUCUUGGUGAUUGUCCUUGGGAUUUACAUCUACUUUGCAAAACUCCAGGGGAAGUCUAUCAGAAUGCCAAUGUCCUCGCCACCGUAUGACAACAUGACAGAAGAGUCAGCUUUCGACAACCCCAUAUAUGAGAGUGGAGUAAGUACAGAUGUCAUGAGCAUGCAAGACGUGGAUUCACAGAACACCAGCGUGCUGUCCUGAUCUUUUCCCAUCCGGAUGUCAUCCCAUCGUCAUCUCAUGUCUCACCAGCAGAGGGCGCCCUCACACCUCAUCUUUCGUCAUCAUGUCACUCAUCACUGAGAGCUAGUGGUCUGAGCUGUGAGAUAGGAACUUUUUUCCUCACUUUACUCUGAUGUCACAUCUCAUUUGCAUCCUGGAUUUCCAUUCCAUCCUCUCAGAGAAGUGAGAGUGUUAUGUUAGAGCUCAUAGUGGUAACUUUUACCCAUGUUAUAUACAACUUUUCCCUAAAAGUUGUGGUGUUGUGUAACACUGAUUUGGGGGCAACAGUAGACUAAAUACAAAAACAAAUUAAUUUUUUUUUAAAAAGAGUGUUUUAGCGAGAUUAAGAAAUGCUUCAAUGUGAGAGACAGGAUAGAUAAAGAACAUUUAAAUGUAAUUUACCAACAUGUAUUUCCAAUACUGCAUAAUAAUAUAGAUUUAGAAAAUCCAAAGAAAAGCCUGUGAAAGGACAAGGAUCAUGCAAUCGUCAAUCACCCAGAAAGCACUGCUUUAAAAAUGAUUCUGUAGCAGAAAUCCAUUCACACGUUCAGGAACACUUUCAAAAGCCAUUAUUGUUGCUGCGUCUACAAAUCUAACACCACAGUACAAAGGAGGCCUUUAAUUUUCAACACUUUACAUGUUGCCUCUGUACAGGUUUCAUUUAAAUAUGGCUUUUAAAAUUAUUUGGAAAUCACUCUGUUUUGCUUUGAUUUACAUUUUACACAGCAUCACAAUUUCUUUUGGAAAUUAUAUAGUUGUAUGUUUAUCAUGCUAUAUGCUGCAGUCCCCGUGUGUGUAUAAAGGUACAGUUUGCUCUAAAAUCGAUCAAAUGAAAUCUAGCAAAUGAACUUGUGCUGUGACGUUAAUUAGCCUUAAACUAGCAUAUACCUAUAAAGUGUACUUUCACCUUUGUAGUGAGAAGAACCUAGAAUUACAUAAAUGGCUAUUUUCAUUUAAAAUAGAUAUUUAGUUUUUAUACAUUUUCUCAGUCUUCUUGAGGGUAUAGUUACCAGCUGAUUCAUAAGUCAAAAGGUACACAAGGUACAUAAUAUAUGCAUAGGCUGUUGUGACAAUAGUAAUUCUAUGACUCUAUUUUCUCUUCUUUGCUCCUUCAGCACUGGCAGACUCAUUCUAGAUACUAAAUCCUGUCAUUAUGUCCAGUUUGGCUGUACUGCAGAACAACUAUGAGGUGAGGUCUCCUUCUGAUUCUGAGAUCUCAUCUUACUCCAGUACCCCGACCGUUCAACGAUCUGUUUUUGACUUUAUCUUGAUCCUGCCACUUACUCACUUUUUGUCUGAAGAUUUUUUUUUCUCUUAAGAACCACUGGUUGGUGAGAAUUUUGAAAGACAUUGUAGGUCUGUCAUGAAAUAUGUAACAUAUUGAGAAUGAAAUGCUAAAUCAUGUUUGUCUAUACCUAAAUAAUGGAUAACAGAUAGGCUACUUAAUAAAAAAGAAAUAUCCCCUUGAAGAUGCUUUGUCUAUCACUGCAUUUCAGUGAAGUUCACAAUGUUGUGCUGUUAUUGAACAACAAUUUUAUGUGUGGCUAUAACAUCUAUGUAUGUCAUAUGCAGACUUGUCAAACUUCUUUUUAGUAUUGUCUUUAUCAGCACCCUGCUUUACUGUUUAUAAGUGACAAUUGUUUACUCACUUUCAUCAGAAGAAAAGUUAAAAUGACCAUAAGCUGAUGAUAGACAUUUUUUUUUUGGUAAAAGCUUUAGUAGUGGUAUUUGAAAAAAAAUGUAAUGGCAAUCCGUAGCUGCCCAGCUAACAAACAUUUCAUAGGCUUUUUUUUUUUUACUGUAUCGUUGCCAUUGCAGCCUGUAUUUUCUUAUGUUCAGUUUAAUAAAAUGUCCAGGACUGAUCACCAACACUUUAUAAUAAAUCAUCUAACUACUUGCUUUCAUCUAAGCUCACACUGCUCAUUUUGACAACAUUAAAUCAGAAUGGUAAUAACAUCUAUUAGAAAAGAGAUUUGCUGUAAUAUUCAACAGCUGUAUUGUAAGGAGGAGCAUAUAUGCUUUGCACUUCACAAGCUGUACCAUCCUCAAUAAUUUCCUGGUUUUUUUUUUAAAUUAUUAUUAUUUUUAAGCAGAUUGCUUUGUCUGAUCUGUACAGGACAAAUGGAAAAGGUUAAGAGAGUUCCAUUUAGAGCACUUAAAGUGAGAAUUACUCAAAUUUUUUGGACCAUCUUUGGACUAUUCAUCUUUUACUCCAAUAUUAUUUUUUUCUUUUUUCCUCCCCAUUUUACCUAUUUUGUGUAUUACUGUAAAUAUGUCUUUCUCUCCACAGUCAAAUCAGUUAAUCUGUGGGACAUCAUGGUGAUAUUUUUCUAAAGUAAAUUGUUGAUGACUGUCAGUGAUUGAAUGUUUUUGAGUCCUUUUUAUUGCCCCGAGUCAGUGGCAAUUAGAGAUUGGAGGAAAUUUGGCUUUGAUUGUUCAGCUCUGUUGGAUACAAAGGCCCCAUCCACCCAAUAGACUGUGAAAAAAAGAAUUGCCAUUAUUACUUGCUUCACUUUGUAUGAGUCUGCUAUCUGUAAAUAGACUACCUGUCCAAUAUGAGUGCCUCACGACUGACUAUAACCUGAGUCAUCACAUGUGAAAAUAACAGGUACAUGAAAGAUUCAUUCAAGAUUCAUUUACUUUCACUUAUGAUUCAUUUCUAUCUUAAUGUUUAUGAUUAAGAGAUUUAAGAAAUGAUCCUGGAUAUAUUACUAUGAGCAUUUGUAUGGUUCUGACUGCAUACGGCCUCAGAGGAUUUCUCAAAUACAUGUUUUCAUUCAGGAACCAUUAGCUAUGCAUACCGCUCUUCUCAUAUCACACUGUAAAGUCUGCCUUAAAGGAUAAACAUCAGCUAGCUAAUUUGUGUAUGUUACAAAGUGUGGUUGCGCCACAUCAUUAGCAUCCUAGGACAACAAUCAUCAAAAUCUAGUGACAGCAUACAGUAAUCGGCUCACAUCCUGAUCCAUGUCACUGAGUCACUGCGUUACAAAACAAUUGAAAUCCUGCAGUGUGCAAAAUAAAUCCCUGUGCAACAGAUGGUUGUUUACUUGGGGUCAUGUUGUGGUGCAUCUGCCUGUGUUCAAUUUUGUAGAUAGAUCUCAUCUCCUUUGUGCAAAUCCUUUCUGUUCUAACAAAUCUUUCUUUCAGUAUCACAGCUGCUGUGACCACAUACAGGAAACUGCUUCAUCUUUAACUAUCUAUAACCCUCUCAAAAUAAUAAAUUAAAUUGUUACUUAA